GGGCGUGGCGGCAGGGGAAAAUCACAGUCGUCGCACACCCUGAUUUCUCACUUUGUCGACGGGCUUCCAGAAGAGCCACCUACAUCCCCCGAGGGCCGUCUCGAUGCCAAAGACCACCCCGUGAAAAUCAGGAUGUCCUUAUAUGGUAAUCUGCUGUCAAGCGAUCAGUUCCAGUGCUCAAUCUGCUUGGACAUCUUCAAUAACCCGUCGUCAACGCCGUGCGGCCACAGCUUCUGCGUCACCUGCAUCAACCAAUAUUGGGAUGGGGCCAAGGUUUGUCAAUGUCCUCUGUGCAAAAGGACCUUCCAGAAGCGUCCAGAUCUCCAGAUCAACCGGACCCUGCGCGAGAUCACCGAGCAGUUCAGAUCCAUGUCUGGGGGAGGGGCAGAAGGAGGAGGCGUGGCCAAAGAAAAGAAGGGAGCGAAAGGGCGACAGUGCGCCAUGCCGAACGAAUUGUUGGAUGAACUGACGAGGAAGCUGCCUCGACCUCACGCCAGCGUGCCAAUCACCAGCGAAGACCAAAGUGGCGAACCCAGCCCCGGGAACCCCGUGGCCGCAUCGUCUUCAGUCCCCGUUCAAAGUCCGCUCUCUGCAAUGAUUGGCCCAGGUGGACCACCUCCAGUCCAACCCCGCUCGGCCGAGUCGUACGGCCGAAGGAGGUUCACCGUGAGCGGGGCGGCGGACAGCCAAAACGUUCCUCUCUGCGGCAUUCACCACAGGGGGAUCAUGAUUUUCUGUCGGACCGACGGGGAGUGCAUCUGUCCCGAGUGUGAGGCCGAGGUGCACCCUGAUCACGACACAGUGACGGUGGAAGCAGCGUGGGUGGACAAGCAGGCCCAGCUCAAAGAGAUGGAGUCGAAGACCCAGGAGAUGAUCCAACAAAGACUCGUGAAGAUUGAGGAUAUCCGCUCAUCGGUAUCCCAACUGGAGCUGGUGGUGGAGCGGGCGACGAUGGGCAGCGUCUGCAUUUUCUCGGCGCUGACGGCGGCCAUCGAACGAGCGCAGGCGGAGCUGAUGAACGUCAUGCAGGCCAACCGGCAGACGGCGGCGAACCAGGCGGAUGCCUUGAUACGGCAGCUCGAGCAGGAGGUGGAAGAGCUGCGGCGGCGGGAGAGCGCUCUCACGCAACUCUCGACCACGGAUGACCACCUACACGGUGUCAAGAAUUUCGCUACGGUCACUGCUCCUCUACCCACCAACGAUUGGUCGGGUGUUUCCAUCACGUGCGAUCUGGGGACCAACGCCAUCUACGGGUCGCUGGCAGGCGAGGUGGAGAAGUUCCAGGAGCAGCUGAGGGGCAUCAUCGAGACGGGUUUCACUGCCUCAUCACUGGAGACCAGUCCAGCGCGUCCACAGCCCAGUGAGUGUCGCACCGCAUACACCAGGGAUGUCCAAAGUUUUUCCAGCGAAGGCCGCAUACAGAAAUAGAAGGACUUUUGUGUUUUAAGAAACCAGCUAAAACGGAUUUGAAAUGCUGUUGAAUCA